AUGAUAGCAAACGUGGACCUAAUAACGGCGGCGUUGCUCCACGGGGCAUUCAUCGCCGCCGUCCUCACAGCGGCAAGCUUCAUCCUCCUCUUCGCACUCUCGCUGGCCACCUUCGUCGCCCUCUUCUCCAUCCCGAUCGUCGACCUCCACGACGCCGUUUCGUUCCUCUCCGGCCACUACCUCGAGUCCGUCGUUCAGCCCAACAUCCACCUGGCUUCCUUUCUCGCCCUCUACUCCUCGCUCGGCUACGCCAUCGAGCUCCACUCCGCCGCCGCCUCCACUCCUCUCUACCGCCGGCUCCGGAGAUUUGUGACCUCGCCGGCGGCUCCGUCGGUGCGUCGUCUUGUUGGUAUUGUCCAACGGAUCAUCAUGUAG